CAGAGUUUAAAACAAAAGUUUCUCGUUUUACUUAAAUUCAAAGACAAAAUAUUCAAAAUGCCUUGCAAAGGAUGUGGAAACAACUGCAAAUGCACUACCCAAAAAUGCGGUGACAAAUGUGCCUGCGACAAGCAAUGCCAUUGCCCAUGCAAAACUGGAUCUAAGGAUGACUGCUGCAAUAAGUGAAACAUCAAUGAAGGAGAAGAGGGGAUGAAAUUAAUUUUU